AUGCGCAAAUGUGUGUUUAAGCUUUCCUGCGCAGCUCAGAUUCUUCCAUACCAUGUUCAAGUGCGUUUCUGACAUAUUUUGCGUAGUAGAGUGUAUAGUAUAGGCAAGAAAUGAGCGGUAUACUCAAUAAGGACAAAUUCGUAUUGUGUUCUGAUGGCAGUUUCAAAUUGGAGAUCAAGAGCGAGCCAGUGCCGCCCGCCGACAUCACUUCUCAAGACGACGUAGCAGUCCUCCAAGAGAUCGGGGCUGUCGAUGACUGCAAUAUGAUACUUCAUGAAUCGAGCGAUGUGGUGGCGAAGGCCGAAGACGUGCAGUGUUCCGAGGCCUCUGAGGAGAUUGUCCUGAAGACGCUGAAUGGGUCGUUCAUUCCCAUGCUGGUCCCAGGGACUGGAGCAUCGUCCGAGAGUAUUGUUGUGGAGCCGGAGCACCAGAUCCUGCUACUGGGCAGCGAGCAGCGACAGCUCCACUUGCAGCUGGGCGACCAAGAAGGCAGCGAGCCCCUGGCGGAGGACUCGGAGCCACAGUACGAGGUGGCGGAAGGACAGUCUCACUUCAUGAUGCCCAAAGCACAGAGUCACCAGCAGCAGUCCAAGAAGAUUAUAGACAAGAGCGACCCUCGUAGCAGACUGCACUUCGUCAAGUACAUGAAGAAAGAUGGCAAGACCAUCAAGAUAUGGGAGUGUGGAUUGUGUGGGAAGGAGUUCCGCCACCAGUACACGCUCAUGAGGCACCUCCCCACGCACACGGACGAGAGGAACUACACCUGCACGGUGUGUGGGAAAUCCUUCAGGCAGAUGAGCACGCUGUCUCAGCACAGGGCGAUCCACAGUGACGCGCGACCCUACGUGUGCGAGGUGUGCAAGAAGACGUUCAACCGGGUGUCCACCCUCAUAUCCCACCGCAAGACGCACCUGGAGGUGAAGCCUCACAAGUGCCAAGUGUGCGGCAAGGGCUUCCACCAGAAAGGCAAUCUUCGCAAUCAUAUAUUUACACACACAGAUGAACGACCGUACAAGUGUGACAUAUGUUCUAAGGGAUUCAACCAAAUGUCAAACUUGGUUUGCCAUAAGGCACACAUCCACUCGACAAAGCCGAGGUACGUCUGUCAGAUCUGCCAGCGGGAGUUCUCCCGACGGUUCUCCUUGCGCUCUCACGAGGAGUACAAGCACGGCAUCCGGUACCGCGGAGGGGAGCGGAAGGUGGAGUUUGACCCCACACACUUCCAGGAGAUCGUCAACCGCAAGCAGAAGAUACGGGCGGAGAGGAAUGUGCGUAUCAUCCGCCUGCCCAAUGGGGACAGGACGCUCGCGAACAUCCGGGAUGUGAACAGCGAUGUUCACACGGAGCAGAAUGACAAGCCGCCCGUUCCGCCGAUGCGCCCUUCCAGGCCCCCAAAGGCGCCUUUGUCUGGAGUGCUGAUCGACCCCAUCCAGACUAAGGCCAUGCAGACGGCGCGAGAGCUGAAUCAGACUCCGUUUGCAUUGCUCAAACCAGCAAAGGGCAUCCCGGUGCUGGUAAAAGUGAUGCCUGCUCUCAACAACAAAGAGAUGCUCGUCCCAGCAACUGCUGAAGAUCUCAAGUCGGCAGGAAAGAUUACUGUCUCUCCGAACGUGAGCAGUGUAAACAAUGUGAAGGCAGUACAGAUCAAGGUGCCGGUGGUGGCGACUGUGACCCAGAGGAUAGCGCCCGACGGGCAGCUGGUGAUACACGUGGAGGCCCCCAUACUGGAACAAACCACUGCGGUGGACGAACCAGCGCCAGAGAGUCGGCGAGUUAGUUGGGAGAGCAAGGAGUCCCACAAGAUGAUGGCGACAGACGGCGAUGGCUUGGAGUGUGUCCUGAAAGUGAACGACAUAGCUGUGGACGACAUGCAGGAGGGGGAAGAGAACACGGCAGCUUCAUCCCAGGAAGAGACAGGCUCCCCGGAUGGUCUCAGGGAGAGGCUGUAUAGUGACACCGAGGCAGAAGGAGUGGCAGACUUGCUGGACCUUGCGUCCACCGGGGAGUUCCAGUUCAUCAGAACAGGAGAUGACGGCUCGUACCAGGUGCUGUCUCAGGAGGAGAUUGCAGCAGUAAUAAAGGACCCAGGACAGGUUAUUUCCAUUGAAACUUAUAAUGAUGGUAACUCAUCAGUGAAUGACCUCAGUUUGAAUGGUUUGGUUGACGUCAUGCGUUCUGCUGGGUUUAUGGUGACAGAAGAAGACAAGAGAAUAGUGAUAUCUGGUGGAGAAGAUGUCACAGAUGCCAUUACAGACACGGAACAUAUAUACAAUGAAGAGAAACAAGUGGUGAUCAGUGAUGGGGACAACUCGACGGAGAUGGUGAUAGAGGACAACCAACCACAGUACAUGUUCGUAGCCACCGAGGCAGAUGCACCGGACACAACCCACAUUGUCCUGUAACCAACGUGUCCUUCCCGUGUAGCGUGUGUUACGUCCGAGGCUGCGUCACGCGCGGCCGAGUGUGUUUCUGCGGGGCUCUGAAGAGUCCUCCGACGAGGUUCGACCGUUGGUUGUGCUGCGACCUUGAAACGUCGCAGUGGAGCAGAAUCAAAAAGAAAUUUUGUGAGCUUUGUCGCAACGGAGAUAAGAAAAUAAAUCAAAGGGCUAAUGCAUUGAAAGAAAGUAUUCUUUAAGCAUGGCACAGUUUUUGAACGACCAGUGCUGCUACAGAUUCAUUACAAAUGUUUGUUGCUAAUCUCAUUGGAAGCCGGUAAGAGUUUUGGCAUCGUGACUGGUUUAGCAAACUCGUUCAAAUUUCUCAAUGCUGCACUCAAAGCAGUUUCAGCUGAAUUUAUUUGACAGUAAGUGGUGGUUUGUACUUUGGAAAGUUAACUGGCUUAAUUUUGUAAAACAAUUUGUGUUACAUUUGGAAAAUGUAACACAGAAUGAACUUACUUAGUAUGUAUAUAGGAAUUUGUGAAUAGCUCAAGACUAAGGCCUUUGCAAAAAAGAAAUUAUGCAUAAAAUAUUCCGAAACCUAUUUUUCCAGUUAUUGGUACUUUAUGUGACUACUGUUUUAGUUUUAUCUGUGCGUAUAUAGCUUUGAAGUCAAAUGUUUUAUCUCUUUCAAAACAAAAAUGCUAAUUACAGUUUCUUCUGAAAAGUUAAAGUAUGUGUACUGAAUUGAUGUAAUGAAUGCUUCUGGGUUAUUCUUCAUUUUAUUUUAGAAGAUAUUAGUCAGUUUGUUAUAUUCCUAUAAAAAAUAUCUUUUGAAUGUUAUAGUUAUUUUCUUUGCUUUUGAUUAUAUUUUAAGUUUGUUGUGAUCUGUACAAAUGUAAAAAUUAAUUAUGUAUUGUAUUAUACAGAUGAAAUGUAACUGUUUUUGUUCAAAUAUAUUAUUUAACCCUUUUUACACACAAAAAUUUAAAA